CUGUGCGGGCGCGCUUCGAGAACCUGGUGGGUGGGUCACUACUGCACUCGUCACUACACCACGUCACGUGACCCAGCUGAUGUCGCUCGCGGUCGCCGAGCCGUUCAAGGCGCCCGUGGACCUGCAGCUGUACCCGUCGUACGCGCUCGUCGUCGCGUACCCCGUCGACCUGUCCACUGUGCGGGCGCGCUUCGAGAACCUGGUGGGUGGGUCACUACUGCACUCGUCACUACACCACGUCACGUGACCCAGCUGAUGUCGCUCGCGGUCGCCGAGCCGUUCGUGGCGCCCGUGGACCUGCAGCUGUACCCGUCGUACGCGCUCGUCGUCGCGUACCCCGUCGACCUGUCCACUGUGCGGGCGCGCUUCGAGAACCUGUUCUACCGGAGACCUGCAGCGGCUCAGUUUGACGCCCGCUAUCUGGCCAGCAACGCCGAGCGCUUCAACAAACCGCACUCGCCCAUCGUGCGCCAGGCGCGACUCGUCACCGAUCUGCUGAUGUACAUCAUCAGCAACUGGCAAAAUGUGGACGUGGUGGCGAAGUACCACGAGCUGGCGGCUUCCUACCACUCUUCGGAUGAUGAGCCGCUCGCCACCACAUUGCACAAGAAUUGUGAACGUCAACAGAAGCUGUCGGGUGGUGGUGCGAGUGGUGGGGGUGGCGCGCGCUGGGUGUCGCGGUGCGGCGCGCUGUUGGCGGAACUGAGCGCGUCGGCGGACGCGCAGCCGUUCCGCCGACCCGUGUCCCCGCUGCAGGCGCCAGACUACGCGCGAGUGGUGGCGACCCCGAUGGACCUGGGCACGGUGCGGGCGCGGCUCACGGGCGGCGUCUACACGCGGCCGGAGCAGUUCGCGCGCGACGUGCGGCUCGUCUUCUCCAACAGCCGCCUCUACAACACCAACAAGCGCAGCCGAAUAUACUCGAUGACGGUGCGUCUGUCGUCGCUGUUCGAGGCCCUGUGGGCGCGUGUGGAGGGCUCGCGGUCGGGCGGCCGCUCGGGGGAACGCCCCGCUGCACGCUCCGCUGGCCGCUCCGCCGCACGCUCGUCCCGCGCGCCUCGCUCUCGCAGUGCACGCCGCACUCGUCGCGCCGCUCGACGCACUAGGCGCGCAGCGCGAGCCGCAAGGAAUGGUCAGUGUUGUCUUACUUUGCAGUCACGCAAUUAUUGA